AAGCUUUGCACGAUGCCUGUCCCCCCGGCUGACCUUUUCAACAACGCUUCCACAUCAACGGCUCCCACAACAGCCCUGGAGCUGGAUCUGGAGAAGCCGCUCACUGUCACUCGUGACUCUUUCCUGCAGGGCCAAAUCAAGGUCGACAAGGGGCUCCUCGAGCAAGAAGACGUCUACAUCGAAAUUACCCUGUGCCGCAACCACGAAAAGUGGAAUUACCGCCGCGACGGGCCGUCAUACCCAUAUUGGACGGUGGACCUGAAGAGUAAAGCCAUCAUCAAGACAUUGUGGAGGGCGAGAGAUGGAGUGUUGGUACAUUCGCAUCGGCCGCAAUUGAAGCACACGGCCGACGAAGGAUCUCGGCCGCUCGUUUCACCACUCGCACUUGCACCAUCAUGCCCUGACGAGGAGGACCCCGACUGCAGCAAGGCGCACUUUGCGCUGUUGCUCGACGGCGGAGCACUCGAGUGCGAAGAGCUGGAGCAUACCUGGACCAAGCCUGUGGAGCGGGAGAUCCUCGUUCUUUCCGUUUGCCUCCGUAAAGCAUCAGCUAGGCUCUCGAUGCUUGGUUGUGAUCAAGUGUGGAGCAACCUCUUCAAAGCAGGACAACGAGCGCGAAGCCAAGAUUUGCGACCGGUGAAGACAAAGUACAUCAACCGAGCACAGGCGAGGAGCGUCGUCUUCGUCCCCGCCAAAGCAUGUUGCGAUCAGCUGCCCACGCCCUACAGUCACUACCGACGAGACAUCUUGCUCUGAAAAGCACAGCUUCUUCUCUCUUAGCCACCGAUUCGCUUCCUGUUGUAACAAUACUAAGC